GUCUGGAGAAGGACACACUUGUUCUGUGUUGAGGUGACUUGCAUUCCCCUCUCCAUCCCAGGUGAGUGCAGUGACUGUGAGCGAGGCUGCUGUAUGUAAGUGAGAUGUGAAUUUAAUUUGGCAACACCUAUGGACCACUUUAAUGUCCCUAUCCUAUUAAGAGUUGGCAGGACAAAUUAGAAAGAAUAGAUUGUCUUCUAAUUAACCAAAUAGAUUGAUAUAAUUCAGAAAGGACACAUAAUAGUUUGAAUUAUCACUCACCUGUCCUGUUCUUUUUCUUUAUAAAUAUAUGUUUGUGUCUGCGUGUAAAUAUAAUCUAAAAUGCUACAAUUAUACAUUUGUACAAGUAUACAUAUUAUACAUGUAUAAACCAGAGAGAGAGUGUGUGUGUGUGUGUGUGUAUGUGUGUGUGUAUUUAUUAUAUAUUAUAUAUUAUCGAUUUCAAAAUUGUAUAUUGCUGUUAAUGUUUAAUUUGUUGCAUUAUAUAGUGUAUUUCACCUAUUCACUAUUAUUGCAAUUUAUGAAUUUUGGGAUAAAGGAGAAAAAUAGGCAAUUAUUUUAUCCCAUGUCACAGGUUGUAUAAUACUCUACCGGUGGUUUGAGUCUUCCCUGCAAUCCUGUGAACGCUGGCUGCUCAGGGGUUAAUGUAUUUACCCUAGGCUGAAGACGCUCACACACUUGUUCCACAGAACGUUCUAUUUCUAUUUCACAAUUAUAAUAAAGAUAGAUUCAUCUCCAGCUGUCCUUUGACAGCAAAAGGUCUAUAAAGUGAGAUAGAAUGAUAUAUUAAAGAACAAUUAAAUAUUACUCCAAGUCGGGUGCUUUUGGGUUAUAUUAGGCAGAGUGCAGCACAAAAGGCAGAUAAUUUUAAUUUAUAUGCAGAUCCAUUAAGCUUUUAAAAUGUUUUCUUUUUUUCUGAGUGUGAUUGUAUUUUGGGGAUUGCAUGGAUGGAUAACCACGAAUGAGCAAAUUAUUACUACAGGGAUGACAAUUUCGAACAGCCACCGAAUCAAUACUGUUUGGAGUUGUUAAACAGAUAGCGAUUUGUUAUUUACAUAUACCUGCUUGUUGUCAAGUAUCUAGUUAGGAAAAUGCCUGCUUGGGUACAGAUCAUAAUCCACCAUUGAUUAAUUAAAGUGGAAGUAGUUUCCCCAAAGCACUCACCAAAGAUCAAAUCUCAGCCUAGAAAUGAUCGCUGGAAAUGCACAUUCAGACCUCUGUAGGUAAUACUGGAUGUGAUUCUCUUACACAUGGAGAUUGUAUUUUUUUUAAAAAUUUAAAAAAAAACUUCCAUUUUAAUUGUGGAUCUGACAGCUAUUACUGCAGAUUCUUAAAUAGAAUCACUUAGAACGAUCGAGUGAAAAGAAAUGUGUCUGCCAAUGUAUUUUCUUUAAAUGUAUGGGUAUUUAUAUUUAUUUAAUAAAUGUUUAUUAAACAGGCAUAGCUAUUUACUAUAUUUGACAUAUGUGUCACCCUACAUAUAUAUGAAAACCGAAAGAUGGACAGAUCAGACAAACAGACAGAUAGGAGACAGACAGACAGGAGAUAGAUAGAUAGAUAGAUAGAUAGAUAGAUAGAUAGAUAGAUAGAUAGAUAGAUAGAUAGAUAGAUUGAUUUGCUUAUAUUUCUAUGUGUGUUGUAAUAAAGGAGUAUUUCCUGUGUUUUACUAUAAUUGGAGCCCUUGUAAUGUAUGAUUAAAUUAUAUCAUAAUAUUCUUUCUGAUCUCUGUUUCCAGCCCAUUGUCUGUGACAACCUGUGUUCCCCCAUUGUGCAGGCCUUGGCUGAUCUUACAUUGUCCAUACUAGAAAUGUGAAGCUGCAUGGUCUGUGUGCAGGAUCAUUAUAUAGUUGGUGUCUUUGUAUAUUGGCACAGAAAUUACUUCAAUCCCUGUCUGGUCUCCUGUGUAGUUUGCACAGACCCAAAGCAGCAUGUCUAAUGCUCAAUUCCUUGGUGGUUCGGGGACAUUAAUUAGUUGUUUAAUGGGAGUAUGACUAAAAAUGUAAAAGAAGGAUUAGAAGCGUGAAACGUAUGUCCAGCUUGUUCCUCACACUCCAGGAAGGGGUGGAAAUCAGGCUGGCUCUUCCCUUUCUUUCUAGGCCAUUUCCAUUGCUGCCAGCUGCUUACUUCAGCUGCAUGUUGUAGUGGGAGCACACUGUUAAAUUCAGUAUUACUGAUCAGUACAUAGAGAACUCCAUACCUCAAUAGCUCUCUGACACUGAACGUUAUAACUGUACUGUCAUGGUGAGCUUACCCGAUAUCUAAUGAUCAGCACUGCUUAACUAACAAUUACACUGACUGCUAGCCUUAAACAAACCUGCAUACCCCAUCCAAUAUGUAUGUAUACUGGCGAGUCUCCACCACUGCCCAACAUCUUCACCAACUAGUGCCCUCCAUACCUCAUGCAAGAUAUAUUUACACUGACCAGUGCCCACCACUGCCCAACAUCUACACCAUCUACUGCCCGCCAUACCUCAUCCAAUAUGUAUGUAUACUGACCAGUGCCCACUACUGUCCAACAUCUCCACCAACUAGUGCCCGCCAUUCCUCAUCCAAUAUGUAUUUGCACUGACCAGUGCCCACCACUGCCCAACAUCUACACCAACUAGUGCUUGCCAUACCUCAUCCAAUAUCUAUUUUCAUUGGCUAGUGCCCUCCAUACUUCACCCAAUAUCAGUUCACAUUGACUAGUGCCAUCCAUUCCUUGAGUAAUGUAUACUUUGGAUACUUUUGUUUGCCAUAUCUCCAGCACUGAUUGGAUAGUAUCACUAGUGUCCUGCAGGCCUUAAACGACUUACAAUGACUGUGACUUGUAUUCCUGUACUGUGUUCCAUGUUAAUGUGGACUAAUAGAACUGACCAGUGUUUAUAAUAUAUUCUAGUUUUAAUGAAACACCCACUUAUUACUGAAAUAGAAUUUUUGUUAUUAUUAGUAUUGUUAUUAUUAGCACCUAUAUAUUGAUAAUAAUAACAACUUGGAAUUUCAUUUUUUUUUUAUUAUAUUAUUUAUAAACUCUGGUCAGUUCUUUUUGUCCACUUUGCCUGAGGAAUGGACCUCAGAAUAGGGAUAAAGGCCACAGUCAGUAUGAAUAUUAUUUUCUAUCUUUAUUAUUAUGAUUAUUAUUAUUCAUACUACACUGGCCCUUUUGACUUCUUAUUUAUUUAUUUAUUACUGGUAUUCAUAAAGCACCAACAGAUUCCGCAGUGCUGUACAAUUAGUGGAAAAAGUACAAUAUACCACCUCUUCUAACUAACAUUAUUUUGUCUGCCAAUCACUUGCCAUUAUAUGUCCCCACUGUAUAUAUGUUGGUGCUAUAUAAUAUAUAUUCUUUUAUAAAACUAAUCAGAAUUUACACUAUGGCAUGGUGUCCUUAUAUAGCAAUAUAGUUGGUAAUAAAGUUGGUGUUAGGAAAACACAAACUCAUUAAAACACACAUUUUUUAACAUGAUGUACAGCUUUAUAUCUAUUAAUCUCCAUUGACGUGGGGCAGUCUGUGGACAGCAAUUUUCCAACAUGUAACAUCUAACAGUAACCCUAACUCCAACCCUAGGCUUAGUUUUCACCCUAAUCCCCCUAAUCCUUGACAAUAAUUCCUUAACAUGUAACUAUUCCCUGACAUUAACUCUAAUACUCCACCCAAAAACCUUUCUACAUAGGUAUGCCCAUUCUACUGCCAACCUACAGAAUAUGCCAGUUUGCUUUAAAUGCCCUACUCUCUGCCCCCUAAACAAUGAAUUGGAGAAAUAUGGCAUUUGCAAGUUUCCAAUUUUAAAUUAUCAAUAGAACUUUAGCUAAAUUGAGUGUCCAUCAUCAUGCCUGAUUUUAGCAAAUACCAUUUUAAAUUGACCAACUCACAAUGAUUCACUUUUUGGUGUGCAAUCUUUUUGAUUCACUUUUUUGUGUGCAAUAUGUCAGACUAACCAGAUAUGUACUACAAUAUCUAAACAAUAGCCUACCCCUUUCACUCUAUUUGGGGCUUAUUUGUCUUCUCUUAGAGCCUCCCUAAGUUAAAAUGGUAAUCCAGUUGAUGGUUUAAAUCCAUUUGUCUGGGGCAGCUGUAUCUCCCUUGCAGAGCAGACCUGCUUUAAUUUAAGUUCUGGACUUUCUUCAUAGAUGGAUCAGUCUGAUAUGGAACUAUUGUGGAGUUUUUCUCUAACAGUACAAGUAAGCCAAACACAUGCAUGACACUUCCUAAAAGGGCAUUUUACCAUGUUAAUAUUGUGUCUGUUCUCAGGAUGUGUCUCUCACAUUCUCUACUCACUGAUCAAUAAACCUUAGCCAGUUUGGGUUGGCACAAAAAGUCCAGUAACCCUAUAUAUUAAGAGCUCAUCUCAUUUAGCAAAACGAAAACACAGCAGCAGCUUUUCCAGCAAUAAGACAAGGAAUACAAACUAGCAUUCACAGAGCAGCCACCCCCACUAGGUCAUCUGCAUUUCCAUUCAGUUUUACAUCUGGAAAGAGAAAAAAAAAAAGGGAAAUAAAUUAUGCAAUAUAGAUCAUUUCAAGAAUACUGUGACUUUAAAAUCUGCUUUUAUAUAAAAAUGAAAUACUUUAUGUUUGUUUCAGAAAUGUGUUUGCUUAGUGCUUCCAAAGUGCAAUAUCCCUGUAUAUGUUGAAUACAUAAUUGGUGUAAGUGUAUUUUGUGGGGUACUUAUGUCAGCCUAUAUUUGGGACCUUUGCAGGGCUCCUGAUAGUGUCCCAAACCCAUACCUGUAGCACCUGCUAAGUAUUCUGACAUGGAGUACUUACCUGGAGGUCUCCAGUGCCCUGUUAUGGGGUUUCAAUACAUUGCACAGACAAUAUCAACAGAUAUAGAAUUCCACUAUGAUAGUACAUUUACUGCUGUUUCCCAAAAUAAUAUGUAUUUACCCCAAACAUUCAACGUUUAAUAAUAUCCUCAGUUGAUAGGAAAUGUGAAAUCCUGUAAUCAAUGCCUAAUAAGAUUACAUGAGGAAUGGGUUGAGAAUUAUUGAUGUAUCUCUACUUAAUACAUUCCCCCAGUGUGAGCAGACAAGGAGCCCACUGUUAGAAUGGACAUAUCUGUCUCUGUGACUUGACAAGCAGUGACCAGGACCUCUAGGCUAAAUUGUUGAUUAAUUCAUGUUGAUAUUAGACCUGCAUCAAUGUAUGCAAACAUAUACUGCCAGUAUACACAACCAGUAUAUAUAUAUAUACACAGAUAGCAUAGACAGACUCAGAAACCUGUUGAUCAUUAUACAUAGCUACAGCCUGAUAUUAAGUCAUAUUCAGAAAUAAAUACAAACUGAUAUUUCUAUCCACAUAGCAAUGACAGUGAUGAGUCUAUGGGAAAAGAGAGGAAGAGAACAAGAAAAAAAAGAUUGAAAUUAAGAAAGAAAGAAGGGGGGAGAGAGAUAGCAGAUUUUGUUUGUCUUGUCUGUGUGUGUCUGUGUUUCUGUCUUUCUGUCUAUCUGUGUCGGUCUGUUGCUACUGAGACAUUCCUGAGAUAGCUGCAGAUCAAUCAGAUAUCUAUACUGCAACUGCCUUAGUACAGGAGUCUAGUACAUGUACAUACAGAGCUGGCUGUAAUGUACAGCAUUUACUAUUAAAACGUGCAAUACUUGUAUUUAUACUAUAACAGUAAUAAUGAAUGAUUCUUUUUACACAAGCCGUGUAAUGUCCUGAGGAACCAUUGCUAUUUCCUAUUCGUAUCAAGGCAAAAAAUGUAUAUGUAUUAAAAUAAACUAACGAUUUUUAAUCCCUAUACCACAUAUCGAUAUAUCGAUAUGGCAUAUAUUAAAAGCUUUACACGAACACGCGAACAAUAUAAUUUUAAGAACUUUUAUAGGAAAAUUACUUUCUAGGUCACUAAGUAUGCUUUAAAUUAAAAUCAAAUACUACACUAUUCACUAAGGGUCCCAUUAAAAAACAUUUAGCGCUUUACAUAAGACGAAACACAUAUUAAUAUAUGUAUAUAUGUGUGUAUAUCUAUACACACAGACACGCUGACAUUUGAACAGUUAAAAGACAUAAGUAUUUAAAAUUGUUUGAAUAAUUUUGAAAUUAUUUAAAAUUCUAUGUAUAUUAGCACACACAUAUAUAUAACAUAUAUAUAUAUAGCCUAACGUUUAUAUAUUUACUUUUAAUCACUAAAUUAAAUAUUUGCAAAUGUGUGUCUGAUUGUAAAUGUCUGUGUCUGAAAGUUUCCAAAAUGAUUUAUUAAUGUAUAUAUCACAUGGAUAUAAUUUUAGAUCAUUUUCAGAUUAAUCGUUGAACGUUGUAACUGGACAUUUACAUUCCCAAUACUGGGAUACAAUGUUAUCCAGUCUGUAACUACCUGUAACAUAUAUUUAAGGAAUUGUAAAUUUAAAAAACAAUAUCGAACUGUAUGUGCUGAACUGAUUGAAGUCCUUUAACUGUGUGUUUGCUGGAGAAACCCCUUAAUGAGGUACACCAAUAAUUUGGAUCUUAUGCUCUUUUACAUUAGAAAUAAAUGUGGGCUAAAAGGAAAUGUUUUAUUUCUCCAUACUGAAAAAGGACCCUCAGGGAGACUUUACCCCAUUCAUUCAUACAGUCUGUCUGCAACACAUUUCAACCUACCCUUGUAAAGAGACUAAUCACUGACCUCAGGUGAACCUGUUGGCUGUAUUUACAGUAAAGGAAAUUCUACACUUAGACUGGCUUUGGGGCUUGUUCUUUACCAUUAUAUGUGUAGUGUAUGUGGGUGUGAAACAGGCCAAGACUGACACACACAAAGUCCUAUUAACAUGACCCCAAACCUCACAGAGGGUCAAGUUCACUACUGAGUGCUCUUCAUUAGUCAUGGUUACAUAGGAAAUACUACACCUAUAUGGUGAUCAUCUCACCUGGGCAUGAUGGAUAGAUAUAUAGAUAGAUAGAUAGAGAGAGAGAGCAAAUUAGAAUAACACUAUACACUAUACAACUCCACUAUACAACCAAGCUGCAGAUAGCUCGGCGUUUUGGUCUAACUUUUUGAUGUUAGCAUAAUUUACUGCUUAGUGGACAGACCGUAUGGUUUAAUCACUACACAAUAUUUCUAAUAACUGAUAUGUACAAUUAUAACUGUGUGUUUGGGUCAGUCUCUAUACUGAGAGAGAGACACAGCAGCUAAAUGCUGUUUUAUUAUUAUAGUUAAUUAGUCUUCCAAUGUUGCUCCAAGCAAGCCAUCACUCUUCCCCUGAAUAGACUGUACAUUGAUGGUCUCAUUAGAUAUUACAGGGGGCCUGCAUCCUUUUCAUUAUGUUGCUAAUCCCAUAUCACAUCUUGCCUUAUUAACAUUGUCUGUGUUUUUACUUUCCCAUUCUCUCUCCCCCUCUCCUUAAUCUGACUUUAUCGCGAUGUAUAUCCAUUUUCUCUGUCUGUGUCCUGACCCUGUGAUCACUUUCUUUCUCUCUCUCUUUCUCUGUCUAUCCCUCCCUCUGUUUCUGUGUGUCCCCUGACCCUCUCCUCCCCUCCUGCUCUCUGCUGACUGAGUUUGGUGGAAUCUCUGCUGACGUCACACCAUUCCCCCUGCAGAAAGAGAGAGGCAGACGCAGCCAGGGAGAGAGACCCAUGUACAGACCCCUCACACCUCACUGCCUGCUCGGGGACCCCCACACAGGAGCUUUGGACCUUGCUUUUUGGCUUGUUUACCUGUGGAUUCUCAUGUUCUGAUGCGCGCUUGUUUCUGGGGCCACAUCCAGCUUUGCAUCCAGGAUUUCUUCUCUGGAAGGAAGCAACAGCAGAGCCCAUCUGCCAUCCCAGUGGGUAAUAACUGGUAAGUCCAAGCCCUGCUGCCCCCCAUCUCCCAGGUGUGUGAUCGGGCAAGGCUAAGGCGCUGCUCCACCUGUGCCUUCAUUUUACAUGAUUUCUUAUGGCCAUGUUUACUUUCACUUCUAACUGUCCCUGCUGUGUGCCAUUAAACUCAGUGCAGUAUCACAUGGAUGGGCAGCCUGGGGCAUCUAUAGUAACUUCACACCAUGACCACUGAUAACUGCCACACACAAACCUUUCAUAUACACAAAAUAAUGCAGGAUUCUGAAUAAACCACAGGUCGAGUUACCACUAUAGGUGGCUUAUCUGUAGGCCAUUGCUUUCAGAAGAUAGGCCUCCUUAUAUGUAAAUAUCUAUAAUCCUACACUCACACACAGGCUGUAUAAUUAUACAUACAUGUAUGUUUAUUUGUGUAUUAAUAUAGUAUAAUAAUAAUAAUUAUAUAUAUAUAUAUAUAUAUAUAUAUAUAUAUAUAUAUAUUGUUUUUUUAAAUGUAUAAAAAAAUUGUUAGUGAUAAUUACUACAAAAUAUAACGCUAUAUCUUCAUCCAACCAUAUGGCAAAUGUAACUAUUGGACUGCUGCAUAUCUCUACAUAUUAUUGUCAUAAUAAUUAUAAUAAUGCUUAUGAUUAUUAUUUGCAUCUUCCUCGUUUUGUUUUGCUUUUUAACUUUUUAUUAUGGAUGGCAAUAUUCUUCGAAACCGUCCACGAGUUUUUGCUCCCUUUUUUAAUUUAUUUUUUAUUUAUUUUUUAUUUUUGCCUCUAUUGCUUUACUAAGAAAUGAGUAUAAAAUAAAUAUUAGGAGGAAUUAGUGCUUAUCGUAUUUUAUGUUGUUUCUUUUUAUGUAAGACCUGCAGAGUGUGCUACGUAGUGGCUAUUAGCUCAGAUGUGUUAGGAUGUCAGGCAAGUUUGGUAACAGAGACAAAUUCAAUCCAGAUGGUUUCAGAUCUGAAGAGAAUUUCACACGAUAUUGAUAUGUGUGAAAUAUUGCUAAAUGUGCCCCAGACAUACAAUUACAUAUCACUAUUUUUUAAUGUCGCUGCCCCCUUGGCUCAUAAGUGGAGAUCUUAAACCAUAAUGUAAGUGGCUGUAUUAGUUAUUCCAAAUACUCCAAAGACCAUAGACAGAAAAUGUAAGUUCAGACAGUGAGAGAUACAGGAUGAACUCCUUUGAUUUCAAGCAACAUAGCAGCAGGAACUGAAACAGCAAUUUCUGUAAUUAUGGUACAAACAUGAAAGCUUCCCUUUAAAUCUGUAAGCAGAAAGAAAGGGCUAGUAGCAGACUCUGCUGACAAGCUGGUGGGUCCAAUAUUUUCCAGAAGUGUUUAUAUCACAGUUCCAUUGUACUGUAAAUAGGGCAGGAGGUCUUGUUACUGUGAUUGGGUAUAACUGCAGUCUAGUCUAACAUCUUGUGAAAGAGAAAUUCUCACACGUUCAAACGUGACAUACUAGACUUCAUGGGCUAAAAACAAGUGAGUUUACUAUGUAGCCAUAAAAUUUGGAAAGGGGUAGCAUAUCUCAAAAUCUGAUACUUUCAAAAGCAUUAAAAAUAAGAUGUUACAAACUACUGUAGCUCAAAGCACAAAUAUAAUACUUUGUCAUUUUGUUUUACCAUGUUGAUCAUUAUAGCAUGUUGUAUAUAUAUAUAUUUAAAAUAUAUAUAUUUUUGUAUAUUUAUCAACAUGCUAAAACAAAAUUACAAAGUGUCAUAAAUAUAUACAUAUCUAUCUAUUUAAGUCUAGAAGUCCAGAUGUCGAAAUAAUAUAAUUAUAUUACAGUAUGCAGUGAUACUUUUUUAUUGGUAUAUAUAUAUUUUUUUUUCUUUGUUUAUAUAUAUAUAUAUAUAUAUAUAUAUAUAGAUGUAUAUAUAACAAAUAUAUUAUAUAUAAUAUAAUAUAUAUAUAUAUAAAUAAAAAAAAUAAUAUUUAUAGAUUUAUUUUUCCAUAUGUGCGUUUUGUAAAGUAAAUACCUAAAAAUAUGUUAGUUGAGCGAUACUCUGCUAUUUUGGUUGGUUUUUUUGUGUUUGUUUUUUUUCAAAUUUUAUUUAUCAUAUUUGUUUUUUUAUACGUACAUGCUAAUAAUUUCAUUGUAGGCUACAAAUUAGCUUCCAUAAGAGAAUAUAUGUACAAUCAUCCAUACAUUUUUGAAAUUAUAUUAUUGUAUCAUUUAAGUUGACUUAGUGUUUUUUUUUUGUUUUGUGCUUUGCAUUUAUUAAUCUUACAUUUUCUGCUGAAGGAACUGUAACAGUAUUAAAAAAAAACUAAAAUAAUAAAUACAAAUUUAAAAAAAAGUGAUUAUCUAAUAAUUAAAAUAAAUUGAGAUACAAAAAACGAAAAGCAAUAUAUGCCUAUAGUAAGGAUUCUUUAUAGUGCUAUCAUUGUAAUAAUUGGACUAUGGGUCUGGGUCAAAAAAACAGCAUCAAUUCAGACGUCAACUAAUCAUUCACCCAGUGCAGACAUUAAAAGAAAAAGAUUAGCAGAUGAUGACAUGCAAAUUUCUACUGAAAUUAUCAUAAGUAAACAUUCCAAUCCUGGACUAAUAAAAUCCCAUCUGUGUUACUUCAUAUCGAGUUAGUAGAGAGCUGUGAUAAUGAAUUUUGUAAUAUCUCACGAACAGACAUCUCAAUCAGACACUAAUCCUAUGAUUUUACUGCAGAAUCACUCAGAUCUGGGGCAGCCAAACGUCUGCUCCCUGGCACAGACCUAGAGAGAAAAAAAAAAAGAUUUAAAAAAAAAGAAAUAAACAAAAAAAAGUUUAAAAAACAUUAUAUACAGGAUGAGUACUGGGUUGGGGUGGAAAUGAAAACGUCCUGGAGUUGUUAUUACCCAAGGGAAUGAACUACACACCAAUGGACCAUACACUUGGUUUAGUCACUUAAAGUUGUCACAUCACAAUUACUAGACUGCACAAUUAUUGGCUUCAUCUUAAUUAAGCUAAAUCAACAGCACAGUAAACAGCCAGAGGAAGCUGGGAUCUCUCCUCGAUUUAUUUAUAAUCAGUGCUAUUGCAGGGCCAUGCAUUUUAAGACAAGACUGAAUCUUUUCACUAAAAAGGCAGUUGUGAUGAAUGAUGUCAAAACAAAUUCAGGCUACAUUGUUUGACUUUAUCAAAAAGUGGAGUUUGUAUUUCUCAUUUGUUUUGAUUUGCCCUGAAUUUUGCAAAUCGGUUCUCAUCUCAGCACAACUCAUAUUUAGUUAUAAAACUGUUUGUCUGUGUCUGUAUGUUUUGCGUUGUGUAUGUGAGUGUUUGUCUGUGAUUGUGCCUGUGAGUGUUCUGUGUUUCUGUGCUGUUAUGUGUGUUUGUGUGGGUAUACAUAUGUGUGUGUGUGUGUGUGUGUGUGCUUGACUAAUGAUAGAUUUGGGGAGCUGUAAUUUUCAUGCUCAGACAAUGAUUAGCGUGGAGUUUCAAUCACCUUUUACAGGCCGAUAUCUCGAAGAGGUGAAACCUCAUUAAUUAAAAUCUAAUUUAACAAAUGACUCAAUGAGUAGUGAAAUUUAUAGCACUUUCUAUAAUUAGCUGAUGUUUUCCUAGAAGGAAAUUACAUUAAUUAAUGAUGAGCUGCGCUCAGGAAAAACACAUAGAGUUGCAGAAAAAAUGUGUAUAAUAGCAGAAUGAUAAUCACGAUUACUGUCAUUUUAACUGGGUUUUUUUUUUAUCAGCAAACUGCCUGACAACGAAAUAAUGAAUUAAUCACUAGCCCUAUAGAUAUAGAUCGAAUGAUAAGUAAUAUUGUCAUUUUUAUUAUAUGAUAUGUAAUAUGUUUAUCGUUUUACUGACUAUUAUUAUUAUUAUUAUUUUAUUAUUUAUGUAGCGCCAUCACAUUCCGUAGCGCUGUACAUUGGGUGGGCUAACAGACAUGUCAUUUUAACCAGACAAUUGGACGUACAGGAACAGAGAGGUUGAGGGCCCUGCUCAAUGAGCUUACAUUCUAGAUUAUAAUGGAUAGAUAGAUAGAUAGAUAGAUAGAUGCUGAGAUAUAGGUAUAUAAAUAUAUAUGUAAUUUAUUUUCUCAUAACUUUUUAUGGAUCACUUGCUUAAGGUAAAUAUAUAUAGUGUACUGUAAGCCUAAAAAAAAUUUUUUUUUUGAAUUUUAUAUUUAUUGUAAACUGACAAUAAUUCAUAUAAAUUCAUAUUAUACUAUACUUGAACUGAUGAGUCAAUAUGAGUCAAACUAUGUACUCUCGUUGACUCUUAUCAUUUUGUUAUAUUUUGUUACCAGGAAAGAUACAUGCUGAUCUUUAUUUGAUGUGAGUGGAUGUUUAUGUCUCUGCUUUGUAUAUUACAACAUUCUAUUCGUUUAGAAUUCUCAAUGUUCUUGUUUGUUCCUCAUUGCAGAUAACUGGAAUACAGAGCGGUAUGGAGACUAACUGUCGCAAGCUGGUUGCAGCCUCCUGUGUUCAAUUAGGUAAGCACAGUUCCCCAUUCUAUUGAUAUUAAGGGCUUGACUCAUGGGACUGGGAUCUGGUGAAUCAGAGUUUCUGUCCCUGGGAACCUGGACAGUCAGCGUUGUGUAAACCCUUCUGUGCUGCAUGGAGCCUUUAUAUCACCCUUACUAAUGAUUUGCACUGUCGAAUCAUUUCGCUGAAUAUUAACAACUUGACAAAAAUCUAUAUCGUAAAAAAAUUGUAGGAGGUUUACUAUUUCCUUUUUUUUGUUUAUAUUUUUGUAAUACAAUUAUCAUUCAAUACAAACAAUUUUAGGAACAAACACAAUUCUAUAAUUUCUUUAAAAUAAGUAACCCUAAAAGGAUUUGGGCAUAUCCAAUUAACGUUUGGGGAAUGCUAUUCACUAAUCAGCGAUGAUCAAAAUGUAGGCUAAAAUAGCUAAUUGCAGAAACCAAAUCUUAAUUCAGAGCAGAUAGAGAUCUUUUUCAAACUCUGUUAUUAUGGUCUUAAUAGUUUAAGGUAAUUGCUCAUAACUCGCUGUUUACUGAAUAGAAACCAUUAAUGUAAGCCUCAUAUCUAAAUAUCCUAUUUGGAUUUGUAUUGAAGAGAUACUCAAAUGGAACGUCACUAUAGGCUGCAACAACUAAAGAGGAUUUUUCUGGUGGGGGGCCCAGGGUAGUACGAAGAGGAGACUAUAUGGCAAAUAAUUUCAUAGUGGGUUAAAUAUCUUUACACAGAUAAUAAAAUAUAUUCAUAUAUUUAGACAGAGAUGUGCACCUACUAAGUUGUUUUUUUUACUAGAUAUUUAUUUGUGAUGAGUCCCACUAAAUGUAGUCCAUAAUAAUAAUACACAUCUUUUAUUGUCUCAAAUAGGGGGAGGGGAGGGGGGGAUUUAUAACCAACUGGACUAAUUUAACAUUCAGUUCUCAGAUGACCAUAACUCAAUCUUUAUGGAAUAAACACUAAGACAGAGACAGACAAGGAGGAAAACCUUUAGGAAAAUAAUAUCACAACUGUAAGUUUUAAAAUGUUGAUACAUUUGUCAGAAGAAUUACACACUGAAGAGGGCCUGCACUCUUACCUGAUUUUUUAAAAUGUAUUUUAAUAUAUUUUUACUGACCACAUUAUUAAUUAUUGUUAUUUCUAUAGUUUUUUGUCAAUAAUAACUUGAUGGUUAUUUUAUUUAUUUAUUUUAAUUUAAAUUUUUGAAGUCAGAGAGGAUUUUGAUGAUUUUAUAUGGUCCUCGAGCGCCCUCUGCUGCCAGACAAAUGCUAUAACUCGUUAUAAACUUGUCUAUUUUGCAGCUAAAAUAUAUCCUGCAUUGUGUUCUACAGGUUGCCCACUGUGGCCCAUUUCUCUUUUGUUCAUUUCACCAAGGUUGCCGUUGCUGAAUUAAUCAAUCAUAUAUCCUGACAGCAGAAUAAUCCUUAUCAAAAUCUGUAUUAGGAUGUUAGUAGUUUGGUUUAAGAAUGACGUCACUGUAGGAUGUGUGUAAUUGUUUAUGGUCUCGGGGUCUGCUUACUAAACAAUGAGUUUUCGCAGUGGGUAAUGUUGGAAAAAUAUCUAAAUUAUUUUAUUUUUCAUUGGUGAUGUUUUACCCUAAUUUUUUUCCAAGUUAAUCCACUGAUAACAAUUCUCUUUUUGUGAACACAUUAAUGGUGAUUAAUCUUCCCUCUGCCAUUUGAGCUAGUCUCGAUGACUGCUUUAAGCCCACUUUCUUUGCAGGAUUUUCUAUAGAACUGAUCAAUAUGUCUGUUAGCAUGUGACAAGGCUGAUGUCACAGUAAAGGGGUGACGAAACCUGCUUGAUUCUCAGUGCUGGAUCCUAUUUAUUGGUAACCAUAAUGAGUUACUGGUAUCAUAUGCUAGUCUGUUCCAGUUAAUGUCUGAUAAACUAAAGAGCCCAUUAUAGAAAUAAAACAUCUGAUCACUGUGUAAAGUCAUAUUUCCAUAAACAGUGAGACACCCAGACUAAAAUGUUAACAGAUUUAAAGCAUUGGAUAUUGUAUUCUUUUUACACAUAUAUGUGUGGAUAGUGUAUUAUAGUUAAACGUAUAUAUAUUAUGUUAUUAGGCCAUAUCUUUAUUACAUUCUGUUUUAUUUUAUUUAUAGAACUAAAUCCUGCAAUGUUUAUGUGUUGUUGUUUUUUUUCCUUUGUAAGUUUAUAUUUUGUCAUAAAUCAUAUUGUUAUUUACACCUAAUUAAACAUGGCUGCAUUUUGUUAUUAGUCUUUGUUAUAAAAAAAAAAAACGGUCCUAUAAUUCCUAAACAUUAGGGAAAGGGGUUACAUAUAUAGUCUACACUAGUGAACAGUAACCCCAGCAGCCAACAUGAUUGCCAACUACAAUUCCAAUGAUGCUCACAUAAUUGUAGAUGUAGAUAAGAAAUUCUAGGUUCCCUGAUUAGUCAUUUACUUAUCUGUCAUCCAUUUAACCCUUUCAUUGAUGUGCCUCCAUGCACUCUAACUGAUACAAAUGUCUUUUCACAUUGUCCAAUAUUUCCAUGGACAGGUGGUCUUAAUCAAAGUGCAUUGCUAUACAGAGAUGCCAUGAUUGCACUUUCAAUAAAUUUAUGGGAGCCCAGCAGGAAAGUCUUAUCAGGCUAAUAUUGUUGAACGUGAGAUUGCAUUAGGCUACAUGACAUGCUGGGUUUGGUUUUUCCAUAUGGGGAAACGAAUGAUGAUUUUCUGAGCUGUACAUUACUGGGAAGGAUUAUUGUAAUUCAUGUAAAAUUUCCUGUGCAUUAAAAGAGUUAAGUUGUCUAGAUUUUGUAAUAAAUGGAAAGAUAUACAUAAAUUACCCAGCAUUUAUAAAACCAAAUUCUACAUUUAGAAAAAAAUUUCGUUUGGGUAAACGUCGAAUUUUAUAUUGUGAAAAUAUGCAGAUAUCAUUAUUAUUAUUAUAUUAUUAUUUUUUAUUUUUAUAUAAUUAUUAUUAUAUUAUUCUUUAAUGCACAUGUUAAGAGCAUGCAUGGAUUAAUAAUGUAUGUAGCUGGUUUAAAUGAUCUUAUAUUCUAUGAUUUAAAUAAACUAUUAUUUUAUUUAUAUAAUCAUACCCUAACCCUCAUUCCACUUAAUCCUGUCUGACAAAGCAAUUUAUUACAUCAUCACCCAAUACGUCUAUUCACUAAACAGUGAAUUGAGUUAAAUUGGCAAUUGAUUCUAUUUUAGACCAAAUAAUUUCGUUAGAAAACAAAUAUCGCAUUUAUUUGAGUUGAUUUUUUUCUAACUCCGCUGCAAAAAAACAAACCAAAAAUAUAUAAACAAAGAAAAAAAAACUGUCAAUUUGUUACAACUCAUUGUUUUGUAAAGAAAAGUGUCUUAUUGAGAGAUAGUUUACUAUUUACCAUUCGUUCUGGUUUUAACUGCCAGUCCACAAUAAUUUGACAAUAAAAAACGCACGUUUUUAGGCUUACAUUAUUAAUAUAUAUUUUUAAAAUUGAAUAAAGUAUAAUGUUAUAGCUUAAGCAAGUCUCUCGAUCAAAGAAGUUAUGAGCUAAGGAAUAAUGUGUGUGUGUGUGUGUGUGUGUGUGUGUGUGUGUGUGUGUGUGUGUGUGUGUGUGUGUGUGUGUGUGUGUGUGUGUGUGUGUGUGUGUACAAAUUAAUUUCCUGCAUUUAUAUAUUACAAAGUAAUGGUGUAUUUGCGUUUAUAUAUAUAUAGUUCUAAACCACAAAAUAUCAUUUUUCUUUGUGAAAUUUCACAAAGCUUUCGAAAAAAAUAAAAAAAUACUAAUAAAAAAUAAAUUAAUAAAAUCGUUCUAAUUAGAAUGAACACCAUAAUGUAUCAGCACAGCCCUGUCUGUAAGUUUCUUAUGAAAGCUGUGUUUUGUUAGGGUAUUUUUUUUCCCUUGCUUCUUCAUAAUAUAUGCAAGAGUUGCUGAAAUAUCUCGGGGGAGCAUGAAAUGUGUAAGUAAAGCGUUUUUUCGUGAGCAGGAAUAUACUAAUGGAACAAUCUGAUGUCUACUUAAUCCUAUGUAGAAAGCAUUGUCUUAUGCCUAAUAUUGACUGAAUUGUAAUUAAUGGCUCUCCAUCUAGGAGAAUAGCCAGUAAUAAUAUAUGGAAGUCAGAGAGACAGCAGACUAGUCCUCCAUCCGAUGCAAUCCAUCUAUUAUGGGAAUACGACUCCCAUCACCAGGAAGCAACUGAUGCUGAUGAACAGCAGCACAAACUACUCAUCUUGUCACAACACACAAUGUGUCUACAAACUCUGCUAGCUAAAAAUCCCAUACAAGUAGCCAAACCAGCUUUAGUGUUAAAGGGGGCUUAAAAAUCAGAAAAUAUAUUAUCACAUAUUUUUGUCGCCUUCUGGUUUAUUUAAAUAUAUCCUCAUAACUCCAUAGCAAAUAUUCAAUUAUACAGAGCAAUGAGAGAAAUGGCAGACAGCCCAAAAGGGCUGCACCUGUAUUUACUUUGUGGGACUCCUUAUAGAACACAGAGAAUUUAGCUGUACCUGUACACAAAGGCCACACACUUUGUAGGUGUGUGUGUGUACCCUGAGCUGAACUGGGGGAAGGGAGUGCAGAGCAGGAUUCAAUGUAUUGUUUUAUUAUUAGUCAGUGUAGGGUUAUAGUCAUUCUAAUAUUAACUGUUAUUUUAGUUAUAACUGUGUUUGGGAGGACAGUUUCAAAAAAGGAUUUCGUGUAAGAAGUACAAUUAUUGUUAAGAAAAUCGAUCAUCGUGUAGAAAUGCCCUGUGUUUUAUUAAGUUAUUUAUUUAUGUCUUUAUUUUUUUACAUGCUCUUUGUGAAAAAAAAUAAAAUAAAUCUGAAUAUGGCGUGCACAGCAAGCACACAAAGAAAUACAAUGAGUGAUAUGGGGUAAUGAAAAAAAAAAAAAGGGGGAAAUCGCAGCAUUGUGUUAGUUUUAAGAAACCGAUUGCAGAAUAUUUUAUUUAACAAAAUAUUACGGGGGAAAAGUGCAUAAAAAUAAUGUUUAUGUUAGAUUACACUAAAAAUGAUAAAUAAUGACAUUAACGUUAUUACAUUGUUUCAAAGCACAUUUUAUAUAUUUGGGAUAGAUGGAUAGAUGGAUAGAUAGAUAGAUAGAUAGAUAGAUAGAUAGAUAGAUAGAUAGAUAGAUAGAUAGAUAGAUAGAUAGAUAGAUAGACAGACAGACAGGUGGAAUGUAUUGUUUAUUUCAAUUACAAUACUUUCAGAAAUAUAAAUAUUGCCAAACACCGAAAUUUUCUUUUCAUUCAUUUGUUACGAUUUCUGGCUCAACAAACAGAGGUUUCAAAUAUCCAGGUAUAUUUGUGUAAAUCCGUGUGUGUGAUUGUGAUUACUGUGUGUAUGUUGACUAAAUGUAUGUGUAUGUAUUCCUCGGGGUGUAUGUGGGAAAGUACCUUUGUGUGUAUGUGUUUGUUUUUUUAUAUUAUCUAUGUCGAUUUUUUUCUAUUUUUGUGUAUAUGUAGGUGUGGGCCUGUGUUCGAGUGUACUUAGGUAGCUGUAGGUAUUCUGACCGAAUAUACAACAAUGCCAGCAAAGUUAAUACCUUUCAAAAGUGUUUUGUAUAAUAUUAAUACGGUUCUAUACUAUGAUUAACACAUUGUGUAUGAAUUUUCUGUAGUUGGUAUUUUCUUGUUUAUAAAAUAUUUUAGCAGAAAGGAUACAUUGAGAGUAUGUCUUGGAGUAAUUAGUUGCUUCACGAAUCUAAUAAUAUUUCAUUGUAUUUCUGAAUCUGUAAAAUCACGUAGUAAAUCAUUAUAUGGUGAAAUCAAAUAGAAAAUCGUGCAUCCCAUCAUACUUUUUACGUUCAUUGCAACAUUUAUUGGCAUUUAAAAACCUACCCAUUCAUGUUUAUGAAGUCAUUUUUUAUAUUUUGAUUUAUUACUCAAUAUAUAAAAUGAAUGAUUAUCAAUACACACACAUUUAAAUAUACAUAUAUAAUUGCUGCAAUAUACAACCACUUUUUCCUACGAAUAAAAUACAUUGUCAUUACAGUAUUGACUGCUGGUCCCAUUAUAAUAAACCGAAUAGUCAUUAAUUGUGAGUGAGCUGUGGCUUUGCUACACUGACAGGCAGGCUGGGAUGUCACCCAUGGCACUAAGUGACAAUAGAAGGUUGUUUGUUUGUUUGUUUUUUUCAUUGUUAAUGUCUAUUCCUAUGGCAUGUGUAAGCCUAAUGCAGAUGCAUGCAGUAAAUCAUACAUGUAACAUGUCACAUCUCAAAUAGGCUCAACGUAAGGGUGCUUCCCUGUGAGAAUAACCGGAUACAUUAAUGGCAGACACCACGAGAGAUCAGCCAGUGCCAUCUAUUGUCUGUACCAGCUAUCUGUUUAUCGUGUGAGUGUGUGUGCGUGUGUGUGUGUGUGUGUGUGUGUGUGUGUGUGUGUCUGUGUCUGUCUGUGUGAGUGUGUGUGUGUGUAGCGUGAAGGCAAAGGAAGUAAUAUUAAAAAGGAGAGGCACCGAGAGAUACAUGAGAAAGAGAAGGAGAGGUAAAUGCGAGAGAGAGAAUUAAGAGGAAAGAAAUGGAAAGGAAUGAAGUGAAAAUAGUGAAAAAUAGAGUGAGGUGGAAAAAAGAAAAUAAGGCUAUUUUAAUACUGAUUCCAGAGUGAUUCCGCAAUAUGUAUGUGUUUAUAUCUAGUUAUAUAUAAGAGAAUGUAAACAUGCACAAAACAGACUUUUAUUUAUGGCAUUUAUAUUGCAACCCUAUGACUUGACUUACAGACAUUCGGCUGCCAUAAUGAAGGUACCCUGUAUUCGGUGUUUGAAUGCUGGAGUAAGUGAUAGCUCACUCAGAGUGCUAGUGACACUGAUUCUGAUGGUAUGUUUCAAGAGAUACAGUUAUUCUCAUAGUAUGUUUUUAGAGAUACAGUGAUUCUGGUGACAUGUUUCUAGAGUCUAGAGAUACAGUGAUUCUAAUGGUAUGUUUCUAGAGAUACAGUUAUUCUUAUAGUAUGUUUUUAGAGAUACAGUGAUUCUGAUGGAUUAUUUUUAGAGAUACAGUGAUUCUGGUGAUAUGUUUCUAGAGAUACAGUGAUUCUAAUGGUAUGUUUCUAGAGAUACAAUUAUUCUCAUAGUAUGUUUCUAGAGAUAGAUACCGUGAUUGUGAUGAUAUGUUUCUAGAGCUACCGUGAUUCUGGGGAUAUGUUUCUAGUAUGUUUCUAGAGAUAUAGUGAUUCUGAUGGUAUGUUUCUAGAGAUACAGUUGCUAGCAGACAUGUAGCUGACCCAGCAUGUGAUGUGGCUCACACGGCCCAGAUGUGUGUGCUGUUAUUGCAGACAGGUUGAGAUUGGGUCAGCUUCACCCAUCAUAUCAAUGCCUAUCAUGUAUUAUUAACUGUGAACUAUAAGAUACAAUAAUUGGGGAUAUUUCCAUUAAACGAAGAGUCGUUGUGAGGUUUAAACCGAAUUGCUAAAUUCCAACAAAAAUUGUCGAAUUUAAGUAUAUAUGCGUAUUUUUAAUUUACUGUUAAUUUAUUAAAAAAAAAAUUUGAACAUUCAUAUUGAAAUCACUAAUGAGUGUACUGUGAUUGCACGAAAUAAGGUGAUGACUCAAUUGGCCCUGGAGCUGUAGUUGAGCUAAGCUGAGGAUAAUAGGUUGAGUGUGAUAGGAGUUUUAAUCCAACGAAAGCCAUAGGGCUAGCACAUCCCCAUCCCUUCAAUCUGGCCAGAUCAUUUUAACAUUCGAUUCAUCACAGAUAUCCUUUAUCCUAUACACCUAGGCUAAUGCUCUUAAAAUAGGAGUGUCAGAUUUCCCAUUUAAUAUCCCCACCGAUCAUACCGCUGUCCGAGGAGCAGAUACAGUUAAUGAACAAAUAGAUUUUACCUUUGAUCCAGAUUCAUAUUGACACAGUUAUGGGUCGUCAACUGCUGUGCAAAAAGAAAGAAGGCAUAAAAUGGUGGAAAUAUUUACUUUACACCAUAUAGUUUAUGAUCUGGUGGGAAUUAGAGGCAAUUCAAUAAGAAAAAGGCUAGGGCCAGUCUAAACCCCUAUUUAAAAGACUUAAGCAAAUUAGAGUCUUAUCAGAUUAAAAAGCACUACAAAUGUAAGAGCAUUGUCUCUAUCGAAACGCUGUGGGGUCUGAGGAAAAGAUUCUGUGCCAGAUUUCAGGGAUAACAACGUACCCGUCUAAACAUCAGAUAAUGAACUGAAUCCAAAUUAAUUGAAGGUAAUUCUAUUUAUGAAUCUGAAGCUGCAAAAUCAUUCACUGCAGAGCAAAAAAAAAGAGAGAGAAUGAGAGAGAGAUAGAUAGAUAGAUAGAUAGAUAGAUAGAUUGAUAGACAGAUAGAUAGAUAGAUAGAUAGAUAGAUAGAUAGAUAGAUAGAUAGAUAGAUAGAUAGACCGAUAUGCAGGUUGGUUUUACUAUUGAUAUUACCUUAGUAUCAUAUUUUUAGGUUUUGGGGGGUUUUUUUGGGGGGGGGGGACAGUAAAUUACAAAUAUCCUGCGAAUUACAUUUAUAUGUUUUAUGGGACUGUCAGAAUUAAUUGUUUGUCUCGCAUGAUGUACAUACAAGGGAUAUAACGUAAAGAAAAAUAUAUGUUGUAUAUAAAAGGUGGAGAAUUCUUCAGCUGGGUUGUACGCAUAAAAUUGUCACAAUCUAUAAAAACUUGGAAGGCUGCCCCUGUCUUGACAUGGAUGUCUAAAUACACAAACUUAAUGUGAAAAAGGUCAGAUACCGAGCUAUCAGGAGAAAAAAUGUUCUUCUGAUUUCGAUGAAUUCUUAACCUGUUUAAUGUCUGUGUUUAUGGGACCUUAAACCUGUCACACGGUCAUAAAUGUUAGGAAACAUCCAUAGGCAUGUUAGGGUAUUAGUGUUUGCCUUAAUAUAGAAAUAUAAAAUUGUAAUAGGAUGUCUAAAAGAUAACAAAUAAAAUAAUCUUAUACUAGUAUAAAUGUCAUACAGCAGCACAGUAUAGUUUUUAAAUCAAUUUUGAAAGCAUUAGUUAUAACAAAUAAAACCACAAGAUAACAGAUUAUAUUUUAUUAGAGGCACAAUAUUCGAUGCUUUCAAAACCUUUCCUUAAAAAAAAAUAAAAAAAAUUAUAUAUAUAUAUAUAUACUAAAAGUCAAUGUACUAAUAAAAAAAUGUCAUAAAGUCUAAUAAGCAAACAAUAGUAAAAAGUAUGAUCUUCGUUGUUCUGUAUUAUUUUAUCGGAGUUCUCUGGCCAUAACCCCUCUCGAAUCUCCCGUUGGAUGAGAGUAUUUUUUGAUAGAUAUUGCAUGGAGAGGACAUACUUCAGGACUUGCCCCUCCAAUUGCCCAUUGGAAGCUAUAAUUACUGCGGCUCCGCCCACCUUCGGCUCGUCACAGAGUAGCGGCCAGAGGCAGCCUGUGAUUGGUCGGAACGCGCGCUGGCGGGGCGUUCUGCUGAGGGGCGGCGGAGAAGGAGCGCCCUAGGGUGACGUCACUAGGCUAGAGAGGACAACUCUCUGGUUUUUAAGAUGUUAGUCAAACAGGGAAGCGGCUGAGCCCAUCGCUGAAUCUCCACUGUGACUUGUGAAAGUCCAGUCCUGUGUUGCUAGACUUAGUGAAUGGGAGCAUUAGCUUUAUUUUUUAUUUUUUUAUUUGAUAAAUCCUGUGUGUGAGCCAAGGAGGAAGUGUCAGGCAACUGGAUACUGACAAGUCUCAGCCUUAUCCCUAAUGCCUACCCCCAGGUCCACCAUGCAUUUCCUGCUAGCUCAGUAGAGGGAUCAUUCUGCAUUCUUCAUCAUUCUUGAUAAAGAGAGACCACUGCCUGUAACAGAGAGGAGGUAUUAGAAAGUCCUAGCAGUAUAAAGACUUCAGUGGACUAAACAGGACUUACAUGUAAGGCUCCUUAAGCCUGCACUUAACAAGUGACUUGCUGACACUAUUUCCCCCUAGCCUCAUUACUCUUGUAGCAUGUUGGACACACAGUGGAACUGAAUUGCUUUGCAAGCUACAGAGGACUUCUCCCCUAUCCUGCCUCUCUUUGUAAUCUCAGCACGUUUUGCAUCUCCCUUGGAUAAUUCUUCUUGGAAGUCUGCUCUGCUAUACAUCAUCAUCGAUGAACUAUAUGAAAGACCCUUUGCAUUUGGAUCAUUUGACCGGGAGUAAACGGGUUACGGCUCCUUCCCACCAUCAUCACCACCAUCACACUCACCAGUCGGUGGCUCUUGUUUCAAUGGCUUCUACCUUGGGGCAGCAGCGCUCAGGGGAGUGUAAGCAGAGACUGGAGGUUCAUACUAUUUCAGACACCUCCAGCCCUGAGGCCACAGGUAAGAGAGAUGGCCCUAAGCAACACCUCACUCACAACUGUCAGAGCCACCUAUACGGCUCUUUUUUUUUACUGUCAGAUGGAGGAGGCAGCCUGCAUUAUCCUCUGAGAGAAAUCUGCACUACAUUGUCAGAGCAGCUUGCAUUACACACUCUGCAGCCUGCAUGAGACACUGUGUGCAGCCUGUAUUACCCACUCAGAACAGCUUGCAUUACACAGUGUGCAGCCUGCAUUACACUUUGUCUGCAACAUGCAUUAAACCCUGUCUGUAGCAUGCAUGAUACAUUCUGCAGGCUGCAUUAUGUACUGUGCGCAGCCUGCAUGGCACACUGUGAGCAGCCUGAAUGAGACACUGCAAGCAGCCUGCAUUAUACAAUUUAAAUGUCCCUGCAUAGGGAAGCUUUCCUGAAAUAUAUUAAACUUGCAUCUCACCUUGAGCACCUUGUACAAACUUACCAGUGAACAAAUGAAAACAGCACAAAUGAAUGUGACUUAUAUGUAUUAUAUGGAAGGCCGAAUGCAAAUAUUAGUAACUGUGUGCUUUUAUUUUUAAACUGCGUGCAUAAUCAGUUAUAGUGCUGUGUUUGUAUAAUCUGCAAUCAUAAUGUCAUUCUGAACUACACUAGAUAAAUACACUACGCAUAUCGUGGAUAACAAACAAAAAUAAAUAAUAGAAAAUGCUUUACUUUUACAACUUUAAACAUAUCUCGCUAUUAAUUCGUCUAUGUCCAAUCAUCUUACACAGAUUACACAGUUCCGCAUGUAUAACAAGUGUCAGAGAAGUGUUAUGUUUCAACCUUUAUUCGAUUACCUUAAGUCAAUGUGUCACCAUCUUUAUCUUAAUUUCCUUCUGCAUGAAAUAUCGUAAAUAAUAAUAAUAAUAACAAUAAUAAUAAUAAAAAAUGGGAUGUAACAUUUUACAGGUUAGAGAAUCCGCCCAUCGCUCUCUACAAUUAGUUUCUUGUAUUCAUUGAAGCUGAACCUGUGCUCUGAUAGGAUUUAAUAGGUAGCUUUGCUACGUGUAAUUUGUCAUAUAUAAUGAGCCAAUUAUUGUUUUUACUCAUCAUGAAAGCAGACUCAUCUGGAAUACCUCUGGCCAUCUUGUAAGAAGAAUUCUAUUCACUAAACAGUCAGUUUUUGGUAACUUGACAAAAUAUUUGCAAAACUAUGGCCAAAUACAACACCGACAGGGUUAACUUGAAAGUGUGGAUUGUCUAGAAUUGUAAAAGUAUUCAAAUUGAAUGUAACAUUUUAGACCAGGUGCAGAUCAGAUUAAAUAUCCCAAAUUCAUCUUGGAUUAACUUGAAUUCCAACCCUUUGUGGAUAACUCUUUAAGCAGCGAAAUCUAGUAAACUGAAAAUUAAAUUGCAGAAUAUAGAGAAACGGUGUUUAGUAUAUAACACUCUCCCCACAAAAAAUCGCCAACUCCGUAGUGUAAGAUAUUUUUUGUUUGUUUAUUUUUUUUAAUUUUCAAAUGAUCACAAACUAAAAAAUAUAAUUCCCAUGGAUCUACUUUAACCAAACGAGCUACCUCUGAUAAUUUUACAACCAGCAUGAGUGCUUAAAGUAGUCUCAUAAAAUCUAUAUAAUAAAAAAAUAAUAAAAAAAAACAGCUAAAAAGCAGUUUAUAAGAAUAAUGUUAGAUUUUUUUCUACCUAGCAAUUAUAUAGUAAAUGUUGCAAGUCCUUUCUCAUCUCCCCACAAAUGGCUGUUUAGUAGAAAAACUCCAGAGUUUUGGAGCUGGGCUGUGGAUAAUUAGCCGAAUAAUUAGCCGAAAUAAAUUAAGAAGGAUUAGUUAUCUACAAUAAACACAUCAAAAUGGCUGUAGCAAAAUGAAAGCAGGAGAACCAACUUGUAAAUCGGUUUAUAUUACUCCGUGGAAGGACAGGGGGCAAAGUAUAAGUGCAUAUGCAAACCUGGUGUAAAGAUACUAUUCUUAAUAAAACAAACCAGUUAAGCUAAACGUGUUUGGUUACCAUUGUGAUGCAUAAAUCAGUUGUAUAGGUCUGAUCCAAUAGGACAUCCAUUUAACCUUAAGCCACAGUUAUGACAGAUUUUGCCAUAAAAAAAACAUUAUCAUAUAUUGAAUAUUGAAUAUUCCAGAUUAAACUUUGAAAAAAUAUCUUUAGAAAAUUAUGUCGAUUAUAUUUAAAAUGUUUCUGUAAGACAAAUUUGUUACAUUUUUAUAUCAUAUUUUGUGGGGAUGAUGUGCAUAAGAAUUUUAUAGAAAAAAUAUAAGGGAAAUUUCUGUUCUGCAUUCACACAGAUAAAGACAAGAAUCACACAAGUAAAAACGAGGACAGCAGCGCAGAUGACCCCUCCAAAAAGAAGAGGCAGCGCAGACAGAGGACACAUUUUACCAGCCAACAAUUGCAGGAGUUAGAGGCCACUUUUCAGAGAAACCGCUACCCAGACAUGUCCACCAGGGAGGAAAUAGCUGUGUGGACCAACCUCACGGAGGCAAGAGUCAGGGUAAGUACGACUACCAUCACAGCAAAAUAAAAAAAAUAUAAAAAAUAUCACGCUGUCUCCAAUAAUAAGGAAAACACACAAAACAUUAAUUUUUUAUUCUUGAAGCAACACAUAUAUUUAUUUAUUAACUUAUUUGUUUUUCAAGGUUAUUUGAUCGGAAAAUGAGUGGUGAGAGGGAAUAAAUUAAAAAGAACUCAAAAUCAUUUCAAUAAAAUAGAAAUAAGUAUAAAUUCCUAGUACAAAUAUAAACACACGAUAGAUGGAAGUUACUAGCGUGCUAAAACGUAAAUAUAAAAAGUCCCAUAGUAAAUAUACUAAAAAGUAUGAUGAACACAUUAUUGAAAAUUACAUUUACUUUCUAUAUAUAAUACAUAGGACCAUGUUGUUUUCCAUGUUUAUAUAUAUAUAUAUAUAUAUAUAUAUAUAUAUAUAUAUAUAUAUAUAUAUAUAUAUAUAUAUAUAUAUAUGUAUAUAUAUAUAUAUAGAUAUAUAGAUAUAUAGAUAUAGAUAUACACACACACACAAACACGAUCUUGUGUAUUUAAUUUAUUAUCUGCGCAUGUGUUCAAUGCAACAGCUAGCUAGCAGUGUAUUAAUAAAACACUUUCUGCUCAAGAUAAAUCGCUUUAUUUACAUCACCCAUCUGUGUUAAACUGCAGUUUCAUUUUCACUGCCACUCUGAAUAAACAAUACCAAGCAUUCUCAAUGUAAAAAAAGAAAGCGUAAUAAUAAUAAUUCAGCUAGUAAUAUUGUUAUAAGGACACAUGGGCGAAAAUAAAAAUGAGACCCGUGUUAAAGGCAGAGUUCGCGAAUUCAUAGCGCAUUAAUCCCGUUUUAUAUACUGCGGCUGCUGUGUUUCUAAACAUCUGGGGGACAAGUGGAAUUAAGUUCAUAAUUAUGCCAUACUGCAGCAUGUAAAAUGUCUUUAAAUUGUCUCUGGGGAAAAUCUAUGGGGAUUGUUUUGACCAUAUGUGAUAACUGAAUUUUACUGCUUGAAGCUGAUAUUUGCACUGGAACACAUGUUCAAAGGAGGGAUAUCACUGUGUCUGGUAAAUGAUAUUGCAGUAAAGCUAGACUCACUCUAAAUUAUACUGAACAAAACCCUAGUUUUGGGUUAACACAAUCUCUGCUAGAUAAGAUUUAUUAUGGACACCUAAAUUGGGACUUGGGAAGAAAAACAAAACAGCCUUGAACACAAUUUGUAAAGUUUAUGAGAUUGGCUGGAGGGGGUCAUUUGUCUCAGGGACAAGUUGUGUUCGCAAAUAUUAACACAGCAAAGACAGAGAGAAGUUGUAAAAAUGAAGACACAGGUAAACAUAUACAUCUACAAUCCUUUUCAAGUUAACUGUUAGUUAAACUUGGAGUCACCCCUAAUAAAGAGGAAAAAAAAAACCAAUAACAAUAGUUAAUUAUGCCCAAUCACCAAUGUUUUAAUAAUAAUUUAAUUUAACAAAUUCUUGUAAAAAACAUAAUGUAUUUGUGUGUGUGUGUGUGUGUAUGUAUAAAAUGUAUAAAUAUGUGUGUGUGUAUGUGUGUAUAAAAUGUAUAAAUAUACAUACACACACACACACACACGUGUAUGUGUGUAUGUAUAUAUGUGUGUGUGCGUGUGUUAAUUAAUAAUCCCCAAUCAUCAAUGUUUUAAUAAUAAUUACAUUUAAUAAAGUCUUGUAAGAACCAUAACGUGUGUGUAUAUUUCCACAUACAUACACAUUAUGGUAUAUAUAUGUAUAUAGCUUAAUGUGUGCGUGUGCAGACCUUUAAGUACCUUGGAUUACUAGUUAAUUUAAAAAGGAUAAAAAAAACAACAGCAAUUAAGGUAAUGCUAAUUACAGUGUCCAGCAAGCCCAGCAACUCAGUUUAAUCCUGAAACAUGAAAACCUUUCAUUAGUGGAGCCAAAUCAGGCAUUUUAUCAGGGCCUUGGUGAAGGUAUCUGCAGAGCUCAAAUUAGCAACAUUUUGGGAAUCCUAUGGGGUGCUGCCUUAUGUGCUUCUUGUCAAUGGAGUGAGAGGGAUUAAUGGUACAGUUAACACAGCGAUCUGUAAUGUACAACAUGAUUUGUGUAAACAAGGGAGACCCAGGGACUGCUCCAAUACACAAACUCUCCCUGCAGGGGGUGAUUGUCAAUUCAGACACCCAGAUGUGUAUUGGAGGUGAUUGGAGAUUGAUCCACAUUUUUUCAUUGUCUGGAAGGAGGGACUAAGUAUCUAAUUUAGCACAUAGUUAAAUGGCAAGUCUUUCCAACGAGCCAGAGGGAACAAGUUGGGUCAGAAAAUGCCUUUCAGUCACUGCAGAUUAGUGCCGGAGAGGCUCUCCAGAGAUUUCUUAUGUAGAUACAUUUGUUACAAUAUUGUGCGUGAAAACCAACUUGCUACAAAUGCAGCAGCAGAUAUGCAAUCCUAGCCAGACACAUUUACAAUGUACUGCACAUGAUCACCCAGCAGGCAAUAUGCAAUAUUAAUAAAUUAUAAAAAUCAGCUUAAGCAAUUGUUCCUAUAUUUACUGGUAUUUAAAUCUCUAUUUUUAUACAAUAGCAGUCUCACUAACUUUUUCUCUCUGUGUGUACAUGUGUAUAAAUAUUGACUGGAUAUAGAAAUAGUUCAUUUGCAACUAAAGUAUUUGACGCAGAAUUAUUUGACAGAUUGCUUUAUUUUCAUUAUUAUUUAUACAGACCCCACAAUGUCAUUUAUUCAGUGCACCAUGCACAUGUAAUCUAGGGACAGGGAAGAGAGUGAGGCGUUUUUGCAAACCCACCUUUGACUUUGAUAUUAUGAGAUACAGCUCUCCUCUGCUGGCUGGGCGUUGUGUGAGUGGUGCUGUAUAGCUUUGUUUUCUAACACUGGGGGUCUGAUACACCAAUGCUCAUCUUGAUUCUGUCCUUUUCCUGCAGGUGUGGUUCAAGAACCGCAGAGCCAAGUGGAGGAAGAGAGAGAGGAACCAGCAGGCAGAGCUGUGUAAGAAUGGCUUUGGCCCUCAGUUUAAUGGGCUCAUGCAGCCUUAUGAUGACAUGUACCCAGGCUACUCCUACAACAACUGGGCAGCCAAGGGCCUGACCUCGGCCUCCCUGUCUACCAAGAGCUUCCCUUUCUUCAACUCCAUGAAUGUUAACCCACUGUCCUCACAAAGCAUGUUUUCCUCACCCAACUCCAUCUCUUCCAUGAGCAUGUCUUCCAGCAUGGUGCCCUCUGCAGUCACUGGAGUGCCAGGCUCCAGCCUCAACAGCUUAAAUAACCUCAACAACUUGAGCAACCCCUCUCUGAAUUCAGCCGUGCCAACUUCAGCUUGCCCUUAUGCCCCUCCAACACCGCCCUAUGUCUACAGGGACACAUGUAACUCCAGCCUGGCAAGCCUUAGACUUAAAGCAAAACAGCACUCUAGUUUUGGAUAUGCCACUGUUCAAAAUCCAGGAUCCAAUUUAAGUGCGUGCCAGUAUGCCGUGGACAGACCCGUGUGAUAUAAAUACGUAUCAUAUAUAAAUAUAUAAAUAUAAAUACAUGCAUAUACAUACUAUAUGGGAAACUCCUUCUCCUGAGACUGAAACAUUGAAUAAAGAAUUGUCUGAGCACUAAAUAUGAGAGGGAAAGUCUGAACCUCAAAAAUCAGAUGGUUCUUUUGUUUUCAAAGGAGUCCAUGCAGAGAUAUCUUUGAAAGUAUUACCAACAGACACAGGACAUUGAAAAAAAAAUUAUAUAUAUGGACACAUAUUUGACUGGAUGUUACUACAAGCUUGUUAUUUUUUUUUUAUGUUUAGCAAUGUUAAAAAAGGACUGAAAGGAUGUAUAUAUUGAAAUGUCAAAUUAAUUUUAUAAAAACAGUUGAUAGUACACUUUACAGUGUUAAACGCAUUAGGCUUUACCAUAAAGCAUGUAAUGAAAGCGAAUGGGCCUGUCCUUUUCGUUUGCAAGCAUUGGGAAUGUAAAUAAAUAAAAUUCAACACUGUAUUUCUGGUCUAUUAGACACAUUGUGACUUCAGUUUAGAAUAGAAUCUCUGGUGAAUACUUUUUCCCACAAAACAAAAACAAUGUAAAAAGUUACCAUGUACAACAACAAUCUUUGACAGUGUUUUCAGCCAUAAAUUGUGUUAGUUGCUGGGUAUGAAUUUAGUAAAUAUGAAUGUACUUGGUCAACUGAUAUGAACACAGGGGGGAGUUUGCACACAACUCCUGAAGGAUCUACAAAAUUGUAUGAGCACAAUGCACCCACCCUUUAUCUAAGCAGCCCUUGGACUUUCCCUUGCAUCUACAAUUGUAGUUAUUUAUUUGUUUGGUUUCCAUAAUCUGGUUGAUAUAUAACCGAUCAAUCUGGUUGUAGAUUGAACUCUAAUGUAUUGUUUUAAAAUUAUUUGGCAAAGAAAAAAAAAAUAUUGAUGAUGAUGAUGCCGCUUCAACAAUAAAUGUAUCUCUUUCGGGAAAACAAAGCCAGUAGUCUCUUAAUUGAAUGAAAAUCGCACGUAUUCUUGAUUGCCUG